CGAUGUCGGGGGAAGAAGCUAGCAUACCCAAGCUAAAUGCUUCUGCGGAAAGUACCGGGCAGUCAGUCACAAGUACAUCCCAAGGGACCAGUAACAAUACCGAGCCUAAUAAUAAUCCAAGACCAGAUCAAGCUAGUAGACAGAACAAUCUUCAGCGAAUUCAACAGCGCAAGCAACAAGUUUUCAAUUUACCGCAGGUUAAAAAGUUACUGAAACUUGCGAAUUACAGUGCUUGUCAAGUUGACGAUUGUAAGUGCAAUGGCUGGAAGAAUACACAGACGCUGACAAAAUCUCCAAAGAGCGAAGCUCAGCCCGUUGCCACAUUUACCGAUCCAUGCAGGAGCUGUGGUCACAUUUUAGAAAAUCAUAUUUCUCACUUGGUUUCGCAAACUGAUGAGAUGAUCAAUAAGCUGUUAGGUAUGGUUGUCGACGUAGAUAAUAUUUUUAUGGGAAUGCACCGAGAAGAGGAUCCAGAUACUAAAAGAGUCUACUAUUUUUUAUUCAAACUAUUAAGAAAAAGUAUUUUGUCCAUGACAAAACCUACGAUUGAAGGCCCAUUAGGGCAACCGCCUUUUGAAAAACCGAGCAUAUCAAAGGCAAUCACUAAUUUUGUUGUUUAUAAAUUUGGACAUUUAGCACAGCGAGAUUGGCAAUCCAUGUAUGAUUUAGCAAAAAUGUUUUUACAUUGUUUGAAUCAUUGGAACUUUGAGACCCCAAGUGCUAGAAAAACGGCUGUCAAUGCGGACGAAGCACCCGCAUACAAAAUUAAUUACACACGGUGGCUUGUGUUUUGUCAUGUACCUGCUUUUUGCGAUUCUUUGCCGCAUUUUGAUACAACAUUAGUGUUCGGCAGAACUUUACUACAAGCAGUUUUUAAAUCAGUUUGCAAACAGCUAAUGGAUAAAUGCCACAGUGAAAAAGACAGGAUGUCAGCUGAAAAGCGAAUUCUUGUUUUAAAUCAUUUUCCCAAAUUCCUAUCGAUGCUGGAAAUAGAAAUUUAUUCAGAAAAUUCUCCAAUAUGGGAUCCAGAAUUCAAGCAAGUUUUGCCUUCUCAUUUGCAAAUGUCGGUGGAAUCAAAAGCAAAUCAAAAUCGUAGAACAGCCGGUGAAUUUGAGAAGGUUACCGUUGCCCCUAACGAGAAAGAUAAUUUUACGACUAUCAAUCUUAGUCCAGGUAUGAAAAAACUUCAAGGCAAAAGAUCUCAUUCUGAAGUGCGAUCGGACGCGAAGAGAAGAAAGACUGAAGAGGUUUUCGAAGAUUUAUCAGAAGAGACUGUAAUGAAAAUCAUAGCCACUAUUAAGGACCCAAAUUAUAUGUUUGGAUUAGAUGCAAUUUUCCCGCCCAAUGCACCUAGAGAUGAAACUCCAAAAUUAGAAGAGAGUAGGAAGAUGAUUGAGUUUCAUAUAGUUGGAAACAGUUUGACUCAGCCAGUGUCAAAGCAAACUAUGCUUUGGCUUAUUGGCCUUCAUAAUGUUUUCAGUCACCAACUAACAAGAAUGCCAAUGGAAUAUAUUUCUCAAUUGGUUUUCGAUCCGAAGCACAAAACGCUUGCACUGAUAAAAGACGGCCGACCAAUCGGUGGCAUCUGUUUCCGGAUGUUCGGCACUCAAGGCUUCACCGAAAUCGUCUUCUGUGCAAUGACGUCGGAACAACAGGUCAAAGGCUACGGCACUCAUCUCAUGAACAUGUUAAAGGAUUAUCACAUUAAGCACAAUAUCCUCCACUUCCUCACGUUUGCCGAUAAGUUUGCCAUCGGCUACUUCAAGAAGCAAGGCUUCAGCAAAGACAUCAAACUGCCUCGUGCCAUCUUCCAAGGCUAUAUUAAGGAUUACGAAGGGGCGAUGCUGAUGCACUGCGAGCUGAACGCGAAGAUCGUCUACACGGAGUUCACGACGGUCGUGCGCAAGCAAAAGGAGAUCGUGAAGCAGCUGAUCUACCAGCGCCAGCAGGAGAUCCAGAAGGUUCACCCGGGCCUCACUUGCUUCAAGGAGGGCGUGCGCGGCAUCCCCGUGGAAUCCAUACCCGGUAUACGCGAGACCGGCUGGAAGAAUUACGCGCAGACGCGAACGCGGGGCGUGGCCAAGGGCUCGCAGGGCCCGGAACCGAUGGAGGCCUGCCUCGACAUCACCGACUCCCUCUACAAUGCCCUCAAGAGCGUCCUCACGAGCGUCAAGAAUCACAGCGCAGCUUGGCCCUUCCUAAAGCCCGUCGACAAGAACGAAGUGCCUGAUUAUUACGAUCACAUCAAGUACCCCAUGGAUCUGAAGACAAUGACCGAACGUCUAAAGUCGAGGUACUACGUGACACGGCGCCUCUUCAUCGCCGACAUGACGCGCAUCUUCACAAACUGCCGAUUAUACAAUGGCCCUGAUACGGAGUACUAUUCAUGCGCCAACUCCUUGGAAAAGUACUUCCAAACGAAGAUGAAGGAAAUAGGCCUUUGGGAUAAAUAGUCGAGAGCUGGGCCACUGAUACGUCUUAGCGAUUGUUUACAUCCGUCCUCGUUUUCCAACAUUAUGUUGUUCGAGGACAUGGUGAGUGCCGGUAUGUCGUGCGACUAAUAGGUAAACUUAGGCUGUUCGAGAAAAUGAUUCCCUCAGUUGGUCACAAUGAUAUUAUUGUUCGGUGGGAACGAUGCCUAGAACAUUGUUUUGGAGCGAAUACAUUACAAUGUUCAUCUCAAAAUUCUUUUCUUUCGGCAUUCGAAAAGAAUGAAUUUUCAAUUGAGCUUUUAGAUGAUUACGCGAACAAUUGGAUUUCACAAGCCUAGUUCUAUUGGUGUAAUAGUAC